AUGUCGCCUCUCACUAAAGGUACCGGCGAAACGUCGGGUAAUGUACCAGAUCAACGAUCCGAUGCUGCAAAUCCAUCAAAUGUGGCAUGCAUACCGGGUAAGCUAGUGCCCAAGGCCACAAAGGUGAUUGCAGUCACAGCGUCCGUGAGCCCGAUCGAACAGCCGAAACCACUGGCCAGAUCACCGAUGAUGGCUGUUAGUAAACCGAUCACAAUAAUGCUGACAUUGAAGCAGAGCCAGCCACCACCAUAG